AUGACACCAUCUGCGGAUACCUCGUUUGCUGGCCAUGUUGCUAACCAGUUCACGUCCUAUGAGAAAGAUCGAAAGGCGACGUCGAAGGAUGCAAUCUAUGCUACAAGCAAUGGCGUUCCCAUGCCUCAUCCUUACGAGACCCAACGAGUUGGAGAAAACGGGCCUCUCCUUUUGCAGGAUUUCCAUUUGAUCGACCUCCUUUCUCAUUUCGACCGAGAACGUAUACCUGAACGAGUGGUGCAUGCUAAGGGGAGCGGCGCCCACGGUUUCUUCGAAUGCACGAACCCUAUUCCGGAGCUGUGCUCUGCCGAUAUCUUCUCCACCAAAGGAAAGAAAUGCCCCGUCACUGCGCGGUUCUCUACCGUCGGAGGCGAGUCUGGUUCCCACGACUGCGCCCGCGACCCCCGAGGUUUCGCUGUCAAAUUUCGGACUGAGGAUGGUAACUGGGACCUUGUCGCCAACAAUACGCCCGUGUUCUUCUUGCGAGACCCAGCCAAGUUUCCUUACUUCAUUCACACACAGAAGCGCGACCCAGCAACUCACCUAACGCACGCCGACGACUCCACCAUGUUUUGGGACUAUCUCUGCAACAACCCUGAAAGCAUCCAUCAAGUGAUGAUUCUCAUGGGAGAUCGAGGUAUUCCGGAUGGAUACCGCUUCAUGCACGGUUAUGCCGGCCACACACUCAAGUUGGUCAAUAAACAGGGUGACUGGAUUUACACCCAGAUCCACUUCAAGUCCCAGCAGGGCACCAAGUUUAUUACCCAAGAGGAUUCUGCAAACAAGUCUCCCGAUCACUCGCAGAAAGACUUGUAUGAGGCGAUUGAUCGUGGGGAUUACCCGAAGUGGAACGUCGAAAUCCAGACGAUGACGCCGAAACAAGCCGAGGAGGUGUGGGAGAAGCAGAGGAUCAACAUUUUUGACCUGACCCAUGUCUGGCCACAGGGACAAUUCCCACGCAAGAAGAUUGGCGAAUUCACCUUGAAUGAGAAUGCGGUCAAUUACUUCGCAGAGAUAGAGCAGGUCGCCUUCAACCCGGCGCACAUGCCACCUGGCAUCGAGCCAUCAGCCGACCCCGUCUUGCAGUCGCGCCUCUUUUCUUAUCCAGACACUCACCGUCAUCGCAUUGGCGUCAACUACCAACAGCUACCGGUCAAUGCCCCGCGGACAGGUUUCAUGUUCGGUAAUUUCCAGCGGGAUGGCUCGAUGGCUUUCUACAACCAGGGGGCGAGACCCAACUACCUCAGCUCUAUCGACCCAAUCCAAUUCCGCGAUCGUUCCAUCGAUCUCGAUAGAACCCACGGGCAUUUUACCGGAGAAGCCAUCACGUUCUUAUCAGAGAUCCGGCCAGAGGAUUUCAAUGCUCCUAAGGCUUUAUACCGUAAAGUAUGGGAUGAGCCCGCGCGCGCGAGAUUCAUCAGCAACGUUGCUGGGAAGAUGGCCGUAUGCAAGGAACCGGAGCUCAUCAAACGGCAGAUCGCUAUUUUCCGGGAAGUGGAUGAAGAGAUUGCUACGCGCCUCGAGAAGGCAACGGGUAUUAAAGGUUACGACGGUAUCGCGAACAUGAGAUUCAAUGGAACUCACAAUGGAAUGACAAAGAAUGCGAAAUUGAGAUAUGCCAAUGGGGUAAGUGUGACGAAGGGGAAGAGUGUUACGAAGAACAAUGGCGCACCUCAAGCCGGGGCCCACAGGGGUAUGGACCUGACAGACGGUGCUAAUGGUGCUAAAAGUGGUUCUAAUGGCGGUGCUAAUGGUGCUAUGGGCGCAAACGGGUUUUAUCGGUAA